CACACGUGAAGUCUGCAAGAUGGCGUCUAAUUUCAAAGUUGAUGAUUUGGUUUGGGCCAAGAUGAAGGGCUUUCCUGCAUGGCCAGGCAAGGUGAUUGAGCCAAAACCUGAGAUCAAGGUUCGAUCCAAGAAAAAUCACCAGUUUGUUUUCUUCUUUGGAUCUGAAAACUAUGCCUGGGUGCCAAAUGAGUCUAUCUGGCUGUAUCCCGAGCACAAGAGCCGUUUCACCCUAACGUCACGGAUACCUAAAGGUUUCAAGGAAGCUAUGGAGUCAGUGGAGGAUAUACUGAAAGCUAAUGCAGCCACAGCUUCAGCAUCAGUACCAGAGGCUGACGCCAGCUCCAGCUCGGGUGAUCUCGACUCUAACAAAUCGGACAACCCAGACCUGCCCAGUAUUGAGGAAGAAAUUGCACAGAUAUUUGGUGACAAGUCUGAACCUACUCCUAAAAAGGAUUACUCAAGGGAGCCCCUAGCUUCUAAAUCAUCUGCAAAGGUUGAGGGAGAGGAAAAGGAGGGCAAUGUGUUUGACAACAUGGAAUCGUGGAUGAAAAAGAAGAGUCCAAUGGGUUCAGCCAAUGGGGAUGCAGAUGAAGAGAAUUCUGGGGAAGAUGAACCUCUCUCAAAGCUAUCAGACAGUAAAGAGGCACCUGCCAAAGAAAAGCGGGAACGCAAACCACCUAAAAAGAAUGAAGAUUUUGUAACAGAUUUUGAUGAAGAGGCAAAGACAAAAAAGGUUAAAGAUGACCAGGUAGAAAAAGUGAAGAAAGAGAGAAAGAGAAAAGCUGAAUCUACUCCGCCCAGACCGAAAGUAAAGAACCAGAAACUGCUUGUUAAGUUUGGGGGUACCCCGUCCAAGUGCUCGCCCAUUGUAUCUCCAGUCAAAAGACAGCUAGUCCCAAAUGCCGACUCUGGCACAGCAAUCAUCGAACAAAAGAACAUCAUUCCGACACCAGCUAAAAUCGGCUUCAUCGGACUAGGAAUUAUGGGUAAUGGCAUGGUGACAAAUCUCCUUGCGUCAGGACAUGAAGUGACAAUUUGGAAUAGAUCCCCUCACAAGUGCAAAGAACAUACCAGAGUAGGAGCAUUGAAAGUAGACACACCAGUCCAAGUCGUAAAGUCAUGUGACAUCACAUUCUCAUGUGUCUCCGACCCAGCCGCAGUAAAAGAUAUUGUAUUUGGCAACUCAGGUAUUCUUGAAGGGAUAUGUUCAGGAAAAGGUUAUGUAGAUAUGUCAACAAUAGAUGUAGAAACAGUCACAGAUAUUAACGAGGCAAUAAAUGCUAAAGGUGGGAGAUUUCUAGAGGCCCCAGUGUCAGGCAACAAGUUUAUGGCAGAAACCGGCCAGUUGAUCAUACUUACAGCAGGCGACAAAAAACUAUACAAAGACUGUUAUUCAUGUUUUGAAGCCAUGGGACAUCGGACAGUUUAUUUAGGGGAAGUUGGUAAUGGAGCACGCAUGAAACUGAUUAAUAGUUCUAUUAUGGGAACCAUGUUAACAGGUCUUGCGGAAGGUCUCGCGCUGGCAGAGAAAGUGGGACUGGAUCAGGAGGAAGUGCUACAGGUGUUAGACUUUGGGUCUCUUUCAUGUCCACUUAUUAAAGACAGAGGCAAAGCAAUGAUGGAAGGCAGAUAUGAACCAGAAAACCUAGUUAGAAAUUUCCAAAAAGAUAUGCGACUUGCAAUCAAUAUGGGGGACCAGACCGAUCAACCACUUCCUGUUACAGCAGUUUCAAAUGAAUUAUUUAAAAAAGCCAAAGCAAUGGGCUAUGCAGACAAUGAUGUGUCAGCUGUUAUAAGAGCUAUAGAUGCAUAGACUGAUGCUAUAUGUGGGAUGAAGAGGGAUGGGGAAGGGGGGGGGGGGCGAAUUGAGGCGGUAUAGACUCACG